AUAUGCACCUUGUAUUUUUUUCCCCGUUUUCUUUUCCAUUUUUCCUUCUUUUUUUUCUAUUCACACUUUCCUCCAUCAACUUAAUCACUUCCACACUCGCACAACGAAACAUUCACAUAACGAAACGACCAAUUACGGACCCUCCCCUUUAAGCACUCCAACAGAAAGACCCUGACAUCCUUCUGCUACACACACAUCCUUCACGCCCUCAGGAACGGUAUGGUGGGACACAGGAGUCAUAUAUUUAGGGUCCUUACAGGGAAGAAACACGCCCUUGGUACACUCCACUUGAAUACCUCUGAGUUUGAACCCUUAGUCUCAAACCGUUCCACUUUUGCAGUCCUUCGUUAGAACACAAGAACACAAGGGUUGGUGCAGGAAGUCAUUAGGCCUACACGUGGCAGUCCCUGUAUAAAACACUGCCAACUUAUUUCGACCUAUCAUUCCCAUCCACAAAUCUGUCUCUGUUGACUCAGCACUAACAAUCUGAGUAGUAGUAGUUGUCGUUGUUGUUGUAGCUCUGUCAAUAGUCUUAGAGGUAAAAGGUGAUUGUGAACUUUGUAUAAGUAUCCAGAGGCUUUGAACCACACUUCCUAGACCCUGAAAAGUAUCUAAGGCCCUUGAAACACGCUCUGUCAAUUAGUCUUAGAGCUCAGUACGUGACUAGGAACUUUGGAACAGACUCUAUUAAUCAUUUUAGAGUCUCAACAAUUAACUAAAACUUUUGAACCACAUUUCCGAGAGCCUGUAAAUAAGUAGGGCCUCUGGAACACCCUCUAUCACCAGUCAUAGACCUCAAUGCGUGACUGGAAACUUUGGAACAUAUUCUGUUUAUAUUUUUAGAGCCUCACAAGUGACUAGGACCCUUGAACGCGCUGCCUAUAGAGCCUGAAGUCACUUGUGCCUGUGAAACACCCUCUAUCAUUCAUCUUAGAGCCUCACAUAUAACUAGGGCCUUUGAAACACGUUGCCGCGCUAUAGAGCUUGAAAAAUCAUCGGGACCUUUAAAAUACGGGCUUUUUUUUCCCUUCAUAGCUUCAGUGAGUAACGAGGGCAUUUGAACACGCUCAAGCAUUCCUCUUAGAACCUCAAUAUGAAACUGACGGUCUUUGAAAACAUACGAUCUUGCUUCCUGCAGCCUCAAUGAAGAAGUAGUGGCCUUGAGAUCACCCUGCUGCAGAGCCUCAUUACUGCAUAGAGGCUCUUGGACACGCCCUGGAUGCCUCAUAGAGUUCCACGGAUAGAAGGACUUUGAAACCACACCCUUGCGACACUCCUAGAGCCUCACUGAACGAGAGAGCCUUGAAAAACGCCAUUUUGCGCCUUUGAAACCUCAAUAACUACAACGAGGCCUUUGAAACUACCCGGAAAACCACAAUAAUGAACUAAAGGGGCUCUCAGCACGCGACUGGAAGGUUCUGAAGCCACAGUAAUGCGGAGCAAGGCUGCCACGCCACGCUAAGGCCUCGGGCGCCCCUGGAACAGUGCGCAGGAAGGCAGCAUGGGUAUGAGUGAGCGUGACCAGGCCCCUGUGUUGGCGCCGCUGCCCUGACCAAGCAUGGAGCCCGCGGUGGGCCGCCCCAGCGUCCCCAUCCAGCCCAUCCCGUCCAUCCCGCGCUCCAAGUCCUUCCCGGGAGAGCACAGCAGGGAGUGGGAGGGCGGCGAGGAGGCGGAUGACUCGGGGGUGUGCCGCUCCCAGGGGUCUGCGGGGGCGCGGGACAGCGGCGUGGUGGUGGUGGCGUCAGACCAGCACUCCUUCGGGUCUGAGGCGCGCUCCUCGCUGCUCGGGGAGCUGCCCUCGGAGCUGCCCUCGGAGUGCGGCGACAAGCAGGCCAACCAGGACGACACCAGCAAGAAGGAGACCAUCGGACGCCACUAUUACCCCGAGGGCGGCUGGGGGUGGGUGGUGCUGGUGAUGGCGCUGCUCGUGCACGUGAUGACCCACGGCCUGCACCAGGCGGCGGGCGUGCUGCUGCUGCACACCCUGCGCGCCUUCCCGGAGUCCUCUCUCAUUGCCGCAAGCUGGCUAGGCGGGCUGUCCACCUCCCUAGCGCUGUUCAUCUCGCCCAUCACAAUCGGCGUGUGUCGCAGGAAUUCCACGCGUCUCACGGCAGUGCUGGGCGGGCUGGUGACGGCUCUCGGCUGCCUCUUCACCUCCUUUGCUAGUCAGUUCCACCAACUCUUCUUCAGCUACGGUACCGUCAUUGGUAUCGGCGUGGGCAUGACGCGGGACUCCUCCACGCUGAUGGUGGGUCAAUAUUUCAAGAGACGAAGGGAGUUUGUGGAGAUCUUCGUGGUCAGCGGCAGUGGUCUUGGCAUCUCCGUUAUGUCCCUCUUCAUUCGUGGCGCUAUUGGCUCUAUAGGAUGGCGUUUGGGACUCCAGGCGGUGACGGGCGUGGUGUUCCUGACCUUCCUGAUGGGCACGUUCUAUCGGUCGGCGUCCCUGUAUCACCCGCAGAGGCGCGCCAUCCUGCACCUCAAGAACCAGAAGAGGAAGAUCAAGGAGAAGAACAGACAGGAGGAUAAGCCGCCUUUCUUUGACAUUACAACCCUCAAAAGUAAAACCGUCCAGAUUCUUCUCCUGUCUAUCGCUCUGUCCUCCUUCGGUAUCACUUCUCCAAUUAUAUACCUGGCGCACCAGGCGGAGGAGCAGGGCUUAGGAGACUCGUCAGUACUCCUGCUGCAGACGUACCUGGGACUGGGCUGGGUGAUCGGGGUGUGCGCCUUCGGGUUCGUGGUUCUGCAGAAGAGUACAGAGUGCAGAGUGGGCCGCCAGUACCUUUGUCAGGCGUCAAUGUUCCUCUGUGGUGUGUCCACUCUUGCCUUCACUGCGGUGGAAGCAGGAUACCACGGCUACGUUCUCUUCGCGUGGCUGUACGGAAUUUUCUGCGGCGGCUUUCAGUACUCCCUCAAAAUGUACACUUACGAGAAGGUCAGAGCCAGAAAUUUUGCGAGGACUUGGGGCUUCGUGCAGUGUUCCCAGGCUAUCCCCACUGCUAUAGGCGUGCCCAUUACAGGCUACAUCAACAUUGGUUACGGAGACAAGGCUGGGUAUUACUUCUCCUCCACCUUCGUCAUCUUCGGCUCCAUGACCAUCUUCCUCAUCGACAUCCACCGCAGGAACGCAGCCAAGCACAAGCACACGCACAAGAGCGGCCAGAACCACACCUGCGUGAAGGAGAGCUGCCCUGAGAGCCGAAGACGUGACUCCCUGGCGCAGCUCACCAAGCAGCAGGUGACGCGCACGCAGACGCCCUCCACGCUGGCCUUCCUGCAGCAGCGCUCAUAUAAUUUCGAGUUACCUGAGCCGCGCAACAAGCCGGAGCUCACCUGUAUAUCCGAGGAGGGCAUUGCGGACAUGGACCUCCCCGACCACCUUCUGGAGGAGCUGGAAUACCUCGGUGACUGCAUUACCUCCUGUGACAAGGUGGAGAACUACCUGAUGAUGUCUGAGUAUGAGAACAACUUAGUGAAGACUGCAGAGCUCCCUUCCUACCUCACCACGGCGGAGAGGAGAGGCAGAAAGAGGCUCCCGUCUCUCACCAAGCAGCCAUCUUGUAUCCCCUCGUCUACUCUGACAUCUAAAGACUCCCCCAAGAAGGAUAAGCCGCCCGACAAGCCUCCCGGGGACGCCCAAGGCCUAGAGGAGCCUAAGAAUGGCAUAGGCCGUGCAGGGGCGGCUACAGGGGCGGCGGCAGAGGCGGCAGGGGUGACAGGGGAGGACUUCAGAUCUGGUAACAAUCGCAGUAUUACUUUAAUUGAGGAAGCGUCCGUGUAAACUUUUAAUUCUUGUGUACGUGUGCUCGUGUACGUAAGUCAUGCCGUUCCAGUGUGUGUGUGUGUGUGUGUGUGUGUGUGUGUGUGUGUGUGUGUGUGUGUGUGUUUAUGAACGGUACCUCAUAUUAUAAAGGCAUUUACUUUACUUGUGUGUACGAGAGAGAGAGAGAGAGAGAGAGAGAGAGAGAGAGAGAGAGAGAGAGAGAGAGAGAGAGAGAGAGAGAGAGAGAGAGAGAGAGAGAACCUAGGACAAAUAGCUAAACUAGUAAAUAUAGUUGGAAAUAUAUACUAAUAUACGAGUAAGUAAGAGAGAGAGAGGUUGAUGUGGUGGACGAACAGCAGUGGUGAUGAAGGAGGGAACACAGGGACAUGACUGAUAAAUAGAGGGAAUAAUAUAGGCGUGAAUUAAAAGUCUUCGGAGUUAUAUACAUACAUACUUGUGAGAGAGAGAGAGAGAGAGAGAGAGAGAGAGAGAGAGAGAGAGAGAGAGAGAGAGAGAGAGAGAGAGAGAGAGAGAGAGAGAGAGAGAGAGAAUCUUUAAUAUACCUAAUAACUUUCUACUUUUUUUUGGGAGUUGAUAAAAAAAAUUACAAAAAAACAUAAAUUUAGUAAUAUGAAAUGUCAAAAAAAAGUGUAAUUGUCUAUUUUCUUACUUUUUUUGUAAUCUAUGUAAUUUUUUUGGAAGGACUUGACAACCACCACCACAACCACCACCACCACCAAUCAAGAAAACCAAAAAGGAAAAAAAAACAAACAAAAAAAUGGCACUAACAACAACAACAACAAACAACAAACAAACAACAACAACAAACACACAUACAACAAUUACAAACAAACAAACAAAAAAACAUCAACAAAAACAACUCCAGAUAGAAGACAACACAAUUACAAUCCAAAAAAAACACUAAGAAAAACACCCCAGAAACCCAAAAUAUAGCUUACAGAUAACCAAGAGGCACCACAACACCCUCCCGCCCAACACUCGAGGUUACAGAAACUCGGAACGCUUUUUAAACAGCUUCGACCCAAGAUGUACCCAGUGCGAGGUUGGAGUGAAGCGUCGAGUAAUUUUGAGGCUCCGCGCGUCGAGUAAUUUCUGUGACGGCAGGAAAAUUACGUAAGAGGAGUGAGAGAGAGAGAGAGGGAGAAUGAGAGAAUGAAUAAUGCAGGUGUUUGUGAGAGAGGGAGAGGAAGAGUGUGUGUGUGUGUGUGUGUGUGUGUGUGGGUGUGGGGUGAUAUAAAGGAAGUUUUUUUUCUUUUUGUGUUAGUAAUUCUGUUUCUCUCUCUCUCUCUCUCUCUCUCUCUCUCUCUCUCUCUCUCUCUCUCUCUCUCUCUCUCUCUCUCUCUCUCUCUCUCUCUCUCUCCAUCUUCCGUUUCUUUUUUACCUUUUUUUUCCCUCAUUUUCAUCUUUCCCUUUCUUUAUUCAUCCCUUCCUCCAUCUCUCACUUUCCUUCCUUUCUUCUUACUAUCCUUCAUUUCUUUUCUCCUCCCUUUCCUCCCUCCCUCUCUUUCCGUCCCUUUCCAUACCUCUUGCUAUCCUAAUCCUCCUCUCUCCACCUCGUCCCUCUUGCCCUCUCUCCCUCCCCUUUGCUCUCCCUCUCCCUGCCUCCCUCUCCUCACUCUCCUUCCCCCUCCCUGUCUCUCCCAGCAUCAGACAGCGACCAGAGUACAUGUCAGGAGCAAAGCAUUUCAUAUCUCGCCUUCGCUUCGAAACUUUUGCUUCGAAAAAACACAACCAAAUUUUCAUCUUUUUUUUUUUUUUCAAUGACGCAAAUGAAGGAAAGAAACGUAAAGGUUGUGAAAAAUGUAUAAGCUAAUAUUCUUUUUGUUUCGUUACGUGUGUGAGUGUGUGCGUGUUAUUUUGUGAGUCGAUCCGGUGUCGUGAAGCAAAGAAACGGGAUUCGAGUUUAACAAAGCCCAUUGAAUCUUCCGUUUUUUUUUUCUUUUUUCGUCGAGUCAAAAAAGUGUGUGCCAUUACCAGAACGUACUUUUUUUUUUUUUGUUCCGGUGAUUCGAGAGGCAAAGGAUCGGGUUUCGAGUUUGGGUUCAGUUUUUAUUUUUUAUUUUUUAUUUUUUCCAUAUGAAGCUUUGGAGUCGUUUUUUAUCAGUGAAUCUUUUUUUUUCUUGUUUAUUUAUUUAUUUAUUUUAUUUUAUCUUAUACUUAUUUGUUUUAAAGUAAUUCUGAUGACUCGUGAUGCGCAAAAAACGAGUCUCUAAUUUGGUUUUACUUUUCGUUUGAAGCUUCGGGAUGUUUUUUUUUUAAGUGAACUUUUCCUUUUUUUCCUUUUUUCCUCUUUUCCCCUUAAUUAACUAACCAAGAAAAAAAAUACCAUGGAAUUUCAAUCAGGGUUCACUUUCCAUUCGAAGCUUCACGAGUCGUUUUUUCAGUUCAUUUCACCAUUUCCUUUCCUUUUCCUCCUCUUCUUUUCCACUUUAAGAGUAACACCGGUGACACACGAACCAAAAAAAAAAAAAAAAGUACCUCGUGAUUCCAACCAGGGUUCACUUUCCAUUCGAAGCUUCACGAGUCGUUUUUCCCAAUGAACCAGCGGCGUGAGUCGUUACCACUGUGCCGCGUCGCUCCCUGGUGGACCCCGCACGUCUGUCCUCGUCUCCGCGUCUGUUCUCUCCACUACGUCCAUUCAGUGUCUGGGAACGCCGCCCCCCCCCACCCCCUAGUCCUGCACUCCCACCUCCUUCUCGCCUCGCUAUAUCUGGUCAGUGAACGCUAUUCCGGUGUAGGAUUUUCUUGGGUGGUCUUAGGACGCUCGUGAGGGGCGUGAAGGAUGCUUGGGAGAGGAGGAGGAGGAGGAGGAGGAGGAAGGUAGAAAAGAAGGAAAGGAGGAUGAUGUCAGGAAUGAAGUGAUGAGUGAGGGAUGCUGGGAAGAGGAGGAGGAGGAGGAAAGAGGUGUGGGUAGGAAGUAGGUGAGGAAGGGAAGGAAGAAGGGGAGAAGGAUAAAGAAGGAGGAAUGUGUGGGUAGGAAAGAGGAAGAGGAAGAAGCGAGGUGGUGUAGGAGGGGGUGUGGGUAGGGAAGAGGAGGAAGGGAAUAUGCUGGGAAGAGGAGGAGGAGGAGGGAGAGGAAAGGAAGACGAGACGAGUGAGAAAUUAUGAAGAAGGAAGAGGAGGGCGUAGAAAAGGAAGAAGGAGACAGAGGAACGGGAGAGGAGAGUAAUGUAGGAAAGGAAGGAAGAAGAGAAAUAAAGAAGAGAAAAAUGAUGUAGGAAGGAAAGAGAAAGAAGAAAGAUGCAUAGAGAAAGAGAAAUAAGAAGAAAAAUGGAGAAAUAUGGAAGAGAAGAUAUAGAUAAUUUCAUAGGAAGGAGAGAGAAACUGAAGGAAGAGGAGAGGAAUGAAGGGGACAGAAUGAGUGUUUAUGGAAGGAGGAUUGGGAGGCUGUAGGUGGAGAGAGAUAGAGAGUAGAGAGAGGGAGAGUUGGUGAGGGGUGAGGGAGGAAAGGGGAGAUAGAUUAAGGGAGGGAGGGGGAUGAUGGGGGUGGUGGCUGGGGUGAAAGGAAUUAAUGGUUGAUGUAGGAAAGAAGUAUAGCUUUCAUUUUUUCCUCUUUAACGUUUCCUCCUUCACCAAUACCACGCUCCUCUCCUCUCCUCCCUUUCCUCCCUCUUUCCCUUUUUUUCCCUCUUCCUUCCUCUCCCUUUUGGCGUUUCCUCCCCUUUCUAGUAAGAAGUAUCGUUAUGUUUUGCUUUUUCUCUCCCCUCUCCUUUCUGCAACACUCCUUUUUUUAUACUUUCUUCCUCUUAUUAUGUUUUCCCCUCACCCUCUCCAUUUUUCCUUUUCUUCCUUUUUCCUCUUUUGCUUUUUGUUCCUUUUUCUUUUCGUUGUCUCGUUCUUUUCUCGUUCUUUUCCCUCAUUUCCUCCUUGUCCCUAUUCCUUCUUCUCCUCCUCUUCCUAUCCUACUCUCGUUCAUGCAGAUCAAACAGUGAAUCAGUGAAUUAAUUAAUCAGCCUCGCAGUCUGUCGGUCGGUCAGCCAGUCAACAAAGCAGUCAGUCUGUGAAGCGGUUGGUCAGUCAGUCAGUCAGUCAAUCAUGAGAAAAGUCAAGUAGAAGCCUCAAAUAAACAGUCUUUCAGUCUUUCAAUUCAUCAGAAUCAACCGUAAAAACAAGCCAGUCAGGCAAGUCAGUCAAGUCAGGAUAUUCAGUCAGGAAAAAAAGUCAGAUAGCUUUUGAAUCAGUCAGUCGAUCUCGGUCAGUCUCAGUCAGUCAGUCUCACCGCCUCGUCUGAGUUCCGAGACAGCGAAGCAAUGGCCUGUGUACUGAAACACGUUGCUCCCUCACCACGACUAUUUUCAAAGGCCACAGAGAUGAUUUACCAGGUUCUCAAGACCUCCUACUAAUAAGGUAAAAAUCUUGUUAAUCUGUCACUAGCACCGUAAAAACACCCUUAAAAAACCUUGUCAUUUCACCAUGAUUUACCGGGUUCUCAAGACUGUUUCUCAUCUUAAUAAUGUAGAAAUCUUAUUAAUCUGUCACUAGAAACAUAAAAAAACACCCUUAAAAACCUGUGCAACUUCAACUAGAGCCUUAGUGGAGAUGCGGCGCGGAAGUGUUUCAGAAUAUGACCCAAAAUAUUUCCUAGCAGUGUCGCUUAUUGGGGUUUGGCGAGAGCGGGAGAGGAAUGGCUGGGGAUGACAGGGGAAGGCUGGGGAUGACUGGGGUCCGCGUGUAGUCCGUCUGAGCCUCGAUGAUGAGUGUCUUGAGCCCCGCACCUCACCUGCCUCUCCGGUGUUUGUCUUGUCUGGCCACUGCAGGUCACUGGGUUCGAAGCUUCGGAAUUAUGUGCUCGAAAGCAAAAAUUGAACUGAAUGUUACGGAAAAUGUAUGAAAUGAAUGUUCUUGAAAGUGAACCGUGAGGAAAUGUUGUGAAAUGAGGAUUACUGGAAGCAAACCUGGAUAAAUGAGAGGGAAAGGGGAGAGAGAGAGAGAGAGAGAGAGAGAGAGAGAGAGAGAGAGAGAGUACAUCCCUGUGUGCACAUACAAAAACAUCUAUAUUACGUACAAGAGCUUAGUGAAAAAGUUGUGUGUGUGUGUGUGUGUGUGUGUGUGUGUGUGUGUGUGUGUGUGUGUGUGUGUGUGUGCUCGGGUCAGGGAUUAGACACACACACACACACACACACACACACAUACAUUUUUUUUUGUUUACCAUGGCAUCACCGACAAGCAAAAAAGAAAAAAAAGGAAAGAAAGGAAAAAGAAAAAAAAAAAAGGAAACUUUAAAUUUCAAAUGUUCGAGCAGCUUAUUCCUGUCUAUUCAAUCCCUGUCUAUUCCUUCCACUCCAGACUCGCUCAGAUUUUGCGACAGGCGGAGAAAAAAAGUUCACACACACACACACACACACACACACACACGGUUCCAUCUCCAAGACUCGCAAGAAACUCUGGUAUUUGGAAUUCUUUUGAAACGUUUCGAUACGCUUCAUUCAGCCCUCCUCCUCCUCCUCCUCCUCCUCCUCCUCCUCCUCCUCCUCCUCCUCCUCCUCCUCCUCCUCCUCCUCGUUUACCCUCCCUCCUCUCCCUUACUUGCUAUUUUUCGUAUUCUGGUAUUCCAUUUAACUAACCUGACCUAGACUAACCUAACCUAACCUGACCUGACCUAGACUAACCUGACCUAACCUAACCAAACUUAACUUAUCUUCCCUAUCCUGGUAUUCUUCUACCUUGAACUAAUCUAACAUAGCCUAACUCAUUUCUUUCUCUGGUACUCCUUUUCCCUGACUAAUUAACUUAAGUAACCAUCUCACUUAAUGCUAGCAAACUAAUAAUGCCUAACUACCCUUAACUAUCCUACAGUACCUCCGAUUAUUAACUCUAUCAACAAACUAUUACUAUUAUUUCUCUUUAACUACAGUACCUCAGUUAAUUGUCUUGUUUAUCCUCGUUAUGAAUUUAUUUUGCAUUGUGUGUAAUCUUUGUAAUCUUUAUCCAGGUUUGUUUGAGGCUAUUCACUUGUUGACAGAAUGACUUGUUUGUUUUGUUUAUAAGUUCAUGUAUAUUUAGCAGUCUUCAUCUUUUUCUUUUUCUUCUUCUCCUUCAUCCUCUUUUCAUGUCCUCGUUCUCUAUUUCCUCCUUUUCGUCCAUCUUCCUCCUCUUUAUCUUAUUGCUUUUUCCUCUUCGUCUUUUUAUUCAUCCUCUUUUUAUCGCCUCUUUCUCUAUUUCCUCCUUUUCGUCCAUCUUCCACCUCAUCUUGUUGUUUUUUCUUCUUCUUCGUCUUCUUAUUCAUUCUUUUAGUUUAGUUUUUCUCCUUCAUCCUUUUCGCCCAUGCUCCUCCUCAUCUUGUUGCUUUCAUGGAAGGUUUGGUGGUGAUGAGAGAGAGGUGGUGAAUGUAAGUGGUGGUGGUGGUGGUGGUGGUGGUGGCGGUAAGAACAAGUUUUAUUUUUUCGGAAGGAGGGAAAGAUCAACGUUUAUGGAAGAGAGUUUCAAUAACAAGCAUAGAUACAGAUAAAUGUGUACGUGUGUAUGUAUGUUUGUAUGUAUGGUGUAAAUGUAUUUUCUUGACACUUAAGAAUAAUUACUGUUAGACAUCGAAAAUAUUAUUAUUAUUAUUGUUAUGCAGAAAUAUUAUUACCAGUGUUUGUUUUUUUUGUCAAUACUUAUAGAAAAUGUGGCGACUUAUUUUAAUACUUUCUUAUUGAUGUACUUAUUUUUUUUAUUUAUUUAUUUGUUUUAUUUAUUUUUGUUGUACUGUAGUGACUUAGGGAAUAAUGGCGAUGGUUUUCUUAUAUCAAGUAAUUUGGCCAUAAGAAUGAAAAUAUAUUGCGUUUUUUUUUUCUGUCUUUGUUUCCAUCCGUCGUUAUGAUAAUGCUACUUGUUUUUUUACCAUAGUUUUAAAAUAUCACUUUUUUUUCCCUUGUCGUGGUUGUCGGAAAGAUUGUAGGAUUUUUUUUUGUCAUAUUUAUGGAAAUAUAAGUUUUUUUUGGGGUCAUAAUAGCAAGUUCUGUUCAUGAUCUAUAAGUUUUAGCCAUAAUUAUAUAAUUUUAGUCAUAUUUGCAGGUGUUUGGUCAUGAUUAUAUAUUUUUGGUCAUAAUUACAAGUGUUUUUGUCAUAAUUACAUGUUUUUUGACCAGGAUUACAAUGUUUUUGCCAAAAUUAUAAGUUUUGAUCAUAAUUACAAGUGUUUGGCCACAAGUACAAUAUUUUCACCAUAAUUAUACGUUUUUGGCCAGAAUUACUAUUUUUUUUUAAUCAUAGAUCAUAAGUUUUGACAAUAAUUACAACUUUUUGGCCUCAGUUAUAAAUGCUUUUACUUUAAUCACAAGUUUUCACAGGAAUUACAAAUUAUCUGGCAGAAUUAAAAGUCUUUUUAGAGCAAAUGCAAGUUUUUGGCUAUAAUCACAAGUUUAUUUAUUUAUUUACGUAUUUAUUUUAUUGUUUUCUUAUUUUUAUUGUGUUGUUAUUAUUUUUUUUCUUGCCACAUAAAAUGCACAUAAAAUACUCAUCGUCGACCAAUGAAUGAUACCGUGAAAAGAUAAUAUACUCCGCGCUACUAAUGCCCUGUAUAGAUACCUUACCAUGUCCCCGUGGUGUCCAGACGGCCCUCCACUUUUUACAAUACUCACCAUGAUUGUGUUGCUUGUAAGUCUGUCCAUUACUACCUUACUUCCUUCACUCACAACUUGCCUCCGGACGGACACUCGACGCGGGAAGGACUGAGGACUCUUGUGACCUUUUGCUAAGUCGGUGGCGGCGCUGAGAGACGAAAAAUUACGGUGUUGUAUUCGUAAACGUCUCGGCCUCUCAUCUCGAUUGCUUUUAACAAGUUGUAUUGGAAGUUAUUCUGGUUUUCAAGGUGUUUUCGUGAUUCUAGUGGUAGCUUAACAAGGUUUUUAAAUCUUCAAUGAGGAAAACACCCCUGACUAUUCGCCUCUGUGGCCUUUGGAAGUACUUCUGAUGAGAGAACAAAGUGUUUCGAAAUACGGUUCAUGACUGGAAGUGAAGUUAAAGCAAUGCCUUCAGUUUGAAAAAAAAAAAAAAAGAUAAAGUUGACUAAAAUUAAUUUUUCAAAUGUUUAAUUUGAAUUAGACGAAAGAUAAAGUUGGUUAAUAGUAAGUUUUGAAUAUGAAUUUGAAAAUUCUGAAAAGUACAAUUAAUAAAAAUAAUUUAGACACAAACUUGACGAAAGAAAAAAAAAUGACAAUAAAUUUUCAAACAUUCACUUGAAUAGGAAGAUCAAAUUUGUUGGUAAAUUUCUAAAGCUAAAUUUGAAAUAAACUAAUGUAAAAGUAACAUGACACAAGCAAGGCAAGCAAUAGGAAGUCUUCAUUUGACAGUUAAUGUAAAACAUUGACUUGCAUAGAGAUAAAAAGCUAAAGUGUAUUAAAAAGUAUGGAACUGAUAAGUAUAUAUGGAAAAAAAAAAAAAAAAAACGCAGCACCGCCGCCAGGCAGAGGUUGACAAGUCCUGUUCCCGCGUCCACACGUGUCUGGUUCGGGUUUACUGACCUUGUGGGUUGUAACAGAACAUGUAUAAUACAGAGCACAGUGCGAGUAGUUGUUGCCUGUACGUCUAAGUAACUUAAUUUAUAUCGCUGUAGUCAAAGAAACGUGUGUGACUCGGGUACCGUACACGUAAUACUUAUAACUUGACUCCUUUGUAGAGUUUCCUAGACUUGUAAAUUUAAGGUCUUUUGCCAAGGAACUGUUGUAUUGUUAGAUGUUUUUGUAUUUUGUAUUUGAAAUAAUUUAUUGAAGAGUCUCAUGUCUUGUUUUAGUUGAGAGAAAGAGAUAGAGAGAGAGAGAAACAAAAUGCUCUUCGUUUCGUUAUUAUUGUCAUUAUUAUUUUUAUUCUUAUUAUACUUAUGACGAGAAGAAAAUCUUGUGCCAGUGUUAACUAAUUUGUAUGUUUAAGGAAAAAAAAUGAAGUAAAAAAAUACAAUAACUUAAGUCCAUAAAAUAGUAGAAUGUUUCCAUAAAUCUUUGUCUGUUGCAUGUCUCUCGUGAAGGAGUGUAUGAAAAUUGUUUACUCGUUUUAUAGGAAGCAUGACGGUGUUCCAGGCUCCAGUCUUUGUACCGCUAAGGAGGUUGUGCCGCAAGGAGAGGCUCCAGACACCCGUGGCCUGGAGCCUGUUUUAAUAUUUUGUGAAGAGCAAAACAUUGCAAGCCUUUACAACA